UCAAUAAAUUGUUUUAUAAACCUAUGGAUAUUGCAUUUAACCUCGUUUGCAGUUUUGAUUUCUAAUACAAGUGAAAAUAGUAAAAUAUUAUUAGAAACCAUUACAUCUCCAAGUGUAUCGCUUCGAUUUAUGCAACGAUAUUUUCGACCUAUAUUUUUGGGAGUCCUACAGUCGGGAGUUAUUAUUUUGUGUCACUUAAACAUGGCCACCGUAAAGAGUACGAUACAACUUUAAUUAUUUUGACCAGGUAGAACUCGCCAUUUCGUGUUUUUUGACAUAGCUAGAGUAAAAAAGUGUUUUUGUUUAUCGGAACACUUGUGUUAGUGUUUCCGGCUCGCCAGCUGAGGCGUCUUUCUGCCGCGGCUGAACAAAAUAGAACCAGUUGGCAACGCUCGUGAGCCAGCGAGCUAGCUCGAGGAACUAGCCUUUGCAUCGGUUAUUUUUGUCCAAAGCAUUGGCUUUCUCGUGAAGAUUUUGUGAUUUUUUUUUUUUUUGAAGAAGAAGACUACUUGGAAUUUGUGCCUGUUUUGGAUUAUGGAUAUUGGCUACAUCUUCCCCCUAUAAUAAUAGUUAGUAAAAGGAUUAAGUGUGGCAGUUAGCUGAACAUUUUAUUUGUGCGACGACAGCUGUCAUUUGGAGAAAAGAAAGUGAUCCAUCAUGCGUUUGCAAUGAAGCUGAUCUCUACUGGAUUUACAUUUUGCAUCCUGUUUUCAAAUGGGUGAUGUUAAACAUCGGAGUAUUGGUGUAUGCGUUCAUGCUUUGUUUUUAACAGCGGUGGUAUUGCUUUCGUAGCUAACAUUGGCGUGGCCACCUAGCUAGUUAGCUACUUCUCGUACAGAACAGAAGACUGAGCUAGCUAACUUAUCUAACGUUAACUAGCUGAGUGACAGUUGGCGAUAUCAUUAUUCCUCACAAAUACACUACAAAGUGAUAUAACUAUAUAUCUCUUACAAUUUUGGACAUGAAGAAGAUAACCUAUUCAUAAUUUUGAAGAAUGUCAUCAGAGGAUAAGACUGUGGAGCCCUCUGACCAGGGACCCUCGCUGCCCUCCGGCAGUGCAGGGGCCACGUCCACAGGAAGCCCUGCCCAGACAGACAAGCGCCCCAGGGGCAGGCCACGCAAGGAUGCUACCACCACCACCAUUGCACCCCAGGCGCCACCCACAUCCAAGACCAGGAAGAAGGGGCGUGCAAGAGGGAGAGCGGUUGUGGUGGAAGAGGAGGAGGAGGAGGAGGAGGAGGAGGACGAGGACAGCAGCAGCAUGGAUGGGACGGAGGCAGCCACCUCAGAGAGCCCCCCUCAUGAUGCAACAGAUGCUCCAGCCCAGCAGCAGGUGGACAGUGUGGAUGUGGUUACCACUGAGGGUCCGGGGGAGACCGAGGAGAAGCCCCACUCUCCCCACGUCCAGAGUCCUCAGACUGGGGAUGCAGCCGAACCCUCCGCCGCUGGCCCUGCUACUACCCGAGGAGCCAAAUGCAGUGAGCAGCUCUGUGCCUUCUGUUACUGUGACGGCCGCAGUCUGCUGGGUCAGGGGGAUCUCCGAGUAUUUGACUCCUCGCCUGGACACGAGCGCAGUGCGACAGGCGGAGUAGGCCAUUCCAGCGACCACAGGAAGGCCAGCCAAGGCGGUGGUGACAGAACCACUAAGCCCAGUGACUCGGCCGGAGAGGCCAGCUCAGGACAGAGGGACACACGGAAUGGAGCUGAGAGCUAUGGGGAGUUACCCGACCCAGACAAGGCAAGCAGGUUCUGGGAUGAGCUGGCUCAUGUGGGCCUCCCAGGAGACGUGGACACCCAGUCUCUCUUUGAGGAGUCGGGGCAGUGCUGGGCACAUCACCGCUGUGCGUUAUGGUCGCAGGGUGUGUGCGUGGGCGAGGGACAAUCACUGCUCAACGUGGACAGAUCCAUCGACUCAGGUAGCACAGAGCACUGUGCGUACUGUAAGCGCCUUGGAGCCUCCAUCAAGUGCUGUGCUGAAGGAUGUGCUCGACUGUACCAUUACCCAUGUGCGGGGGCAGCAGGGACUUUUCAGGAUAUCAGGAGUCUCUCCCUCCUCUGUCCAGAUCAUAUAGAACUGGCCAUCAGCAGAUUUCCAGACGACUUUAUCUGUGCACUGUGUGACAGCCCUGGGGAGCUCCCUGACCAGCUCUUCUGUACCAGCUGUGGGCAGCACUACCAUGGGGCCUGCCUGGACAUGGCUGUGACUCCGCUGAGGAGAGCCGGCUGGCAGUGCCCCGAGUGCAAGGUCUGCCAGACAUGCAAGAACCCAGGGGAGGACGAUAAGAUGUUGGUGUGUGACAUGUGUGACAAAGGCUACCACACCUUCUGCCUGCAACCGGCCAUAGACGACAUCCCUACCAACGGAUGGAGGUGUAAGAACUGCAGAGUGUGUGUCCAGUGCGGCACCAGGACCAGCGGUCAGUGGCACCACACCAGUCUAUUGUGUGAGACCUGUGUCCAACAUCAGGACCCCAGCCUUAGCUGUCCGCUGUGUGCCUGUAUCCUGGACCCAGAGCACCACAAAGACCUGCUGUCCUGCCACAGUUGUAAAAGAUGGCUCCACCUGGAGUGUGAGCGCCAGUCGUCAGGCCAUGCAGACAUCCAGCCCAGCCAGGGCUAUGUAUGUUCAAGCUGCCGGCCUACUGGGUCACAACCACAACAUGCACCACCACAGGUAGAAGAGGAGGUGGUGGUGCCGGAGAAGGACACUGGAGGCCUAGAGCUGAGCCCACAGACUGCUACUCCUCUGCUACUCCACACAGACUCCGAACCGGUGGUUCUAAUGCACACCGAUCUAGAACCUGGUCUGAAGCAGCUGAGGUCUCCUCCUCCAGUGCAUAAUGAUCCAGAACCGGAAUUACAACCAGUUCCAAUGCACACGGAUACAGAACCAGAGCCCCAGCCAAAGCCUAUCCAAGCCACCGCCGCUGUCUGUGAAAACGGCCAUGAGGAGAGGCAGCCACAGCAGGCUACGUCAGACCAGCAGCCCGGCAUCUCAGUGGGAGCAGCUGCUGUGGAGCAAGGGACUGAUGAGGUGUCUAUCAACAAGGACCUGGGCCAGUUACAUCCAGAAAUGCAACCAGCAGCGGAGACCCAUGUUCCUUCAACAAAGAGUCCUGAGUCUCCAUGGCUGACCAAGCAGGAGCCUGAGAAACAACCCCUGUCAGCCCAGGUGUCAAGAGAGCCAGAGCAGCCACAGGAUGUAACAGGACUGACCAAGCAGGAGCCUGAGAAACAACCCCUGCCAGCCCAGGUGUCAAGAGAGCCUGAGCAGCCACAGGAUGUAACAGGACUGACCAAGGAGGAGCCUGAGAAACAACCCCUGCCAGCCCAGGUGUCAAGAGAGCCAGAGCAGCCACAGGAUGUAACAGGAAUGACCAAGCAGGAGCCUGAGAAACAACCCCUGCCAGCCCAGGUGUCAAGAGAGCCAGAGCAGCCACGGGAUGUAACAGGACUGACCAAGCAGGAGCCUGAGAAACAACCCCUGUCAGCCCAGGUGUCCAGAGAGCCAGAGCAGCCACAGGAUGUAACAGGACUGACCAAGACAGUAAAGACAGAACCUUCCUCUGAAAACAGGGCAUUGAAACACAGCACAGAGGACAUCAUGACCCCGCCCACCAAUACCAAAGAACCAAGUACCGCCUCUGUAAUCAUCAAGGAAGAACCCAUGGAGGUGUCGGCUUCUGAUAAUUCGGGAGUAGAACAAGUGGAAGGUCCUUCUAGUCUGGAGACAGCAAUGAAGGCUAGGAGGGAGAGGAAAGGGGAACCUAUGUCUGAGGCACUGGCUGGUGGGGCUUUGGAGGGGGCCUGCGCCUUGGAAGAGAUGGACACCACCCCCGAGACUGAGAACAAGCCUAAACUCUCCCAUCACAGUCCCCCCAUCGAGGAGAAGCCUUACAAGACAUCCAUGGAAAGACUGGCAGAGAUGGCUGCCUCCCCUACCCACUCCUCCCCUAGGACCAUGGGGCCCUCUCCUAGGGAGCCUCUCCUCCACGCCCACCCUGCCCCAGGGGAACACAGCAGCAGCGUCCCCUCCACCACCCUCAUACUUCUCACCCCUAAGAUCGGCAUGGGCAAGCCAGCCAUCUCCAAGAGGAAGUUCUCCCCAGGCAGACCCAGGGUGAAGCAGGGCGCAUGGCAUGGGAGCCCCCAUAGCAGUGUGAGCUCCCCCUCCUGGUCUCCAGACCAGCCAGAGGCGUGGAACGUCCCAAAGACCAGGCAGCUCUCGUCCGGCUGCUGCAGCCCUGCCUGGAGCAUCAGAGUGGGUCGGGGGUCAGGGUUCCCCGGGAGGAGGCGACCCAGAGGGGCUGGUCUGUCGGGCAGAGGGGGUCGGGGCCGAGCGAGAGGGAAGAAUGGAGCCAGUCCCACAGUCAACCCUGGGGUCACCACCAUGGAAUCACCAUACCAGAUGAAGGAGGAAGAGGAGAAUGCCAUGCACAACACCGUGGUCAUAUUCUCCAGCAACGACAGCUUCACAUUGAAACAGGACAUGUGUGUGGUGUGCGGGAGUUUUGGGCUGGGUGCAGAGGGUCGUCUUCUGGCCUGUGCCCAGUGUGGGCAGUGCUACCACCCCUUCUGUGUUGGCAUCAAGAUCACCAAGGUGGUGUUGAAUAAAGGCUGGCGCUGUCUGGAGUGUACAGUGUGCGAGGCGUGUGGCCAGGCCACCGACCCGGGCCGUCUGCUGCUGUGUGACGACUGUGACAUCAGCUAUCACACCUACUGCCUGGACCCUCCGCUGCAGAACGUUCCCAAGGACAGCUGGAAGUGCAAAUGGUGUGUGUCCUGUACCCAGUGUGGUGCCACCUCGCCAGGCCUGAGGUGUGAGUGGCAGAAUAAUUACACCCAGUGCGCCCCCUGUGGCAGCCUGGCGACGUGCCCCUUCUGUCUCCAGGACUACAGCGAGGGAGAGAUCGUGGUGCAGUGCCGCCAAUGCGACAGGUGGAUACAUAGUUCCUGCCAGGGUCUCCAUUCAGAGGAGGAUGUGGAGAAAGCAGCAGACAGCAGCUAUGACUGCACCAUGUGCCGAGUCCACAAGGCCUCCAAGGCGCCUGUGUCCAAGGCCAGAGAGUCCAUUGAACCAGCAGUUAUGACGCAGAUUCUCACAAAAGCUAAAGACAUGGACUUGGUCAGGACGUACACUCAGGAUGGCGUGUGUCUGACAGAGUCAGGCUUGUGUCAGCUCAAGAGCCUGACGGCACCUGCAUCGCGGCGUAGGAAACCCAAGCCCAAGCUGAAGCUGAAGAUCAUCAAUCAGAACAGUGUUGCAGUGCUGCAGGCCCCCCUGGAGCUGCUGUCAGAACACUCCCGGGAUGAGGACAUGGAGGACCACAGAGAUGCAGACCUCUCUCUGGACUGUGAUGGGAAGUCUGACUCGAGCCCAGAGCGAGAGCCAGCAGAAGAUGAGUCCAAGGGGGCAGACGGCAGCAAAAAGAGGAAGAGGAAGCCAUACCGGCCGGGCAUCGGUGGCUUCAUGGUGCGCCAGCGGAGCCGUCCAGGCCAGGGCCCAGGCAAGGCCAAACGAUCCCUGAGCAGGAAGGAUUCUUCUGGCUCGGUUUCUGAACCGCCCACAGGAAAAGAGGAGGGCUGGGGAGAGAUGCUGCCUGAUACCCCUGUGGAUGAGACGCCCCAUGGGCCAGAUAUCCCGGAGAAGAUCAAGAAACGAUAUAGGAAGAAGAAAACCAAGCUAGAGGAGGCCUUUCCCACCUACCUGCAGGAGGCGUUCUUCGGUAAGGACCUGUUGGAUAAGAGCAAGCAGAGCAGGCAGCAGGCGGUGGAGUCUGGGCUGCUAGAGGAGGGCCAAGCUGGGGCUGGAACCGGGCCCCAGGGGGACAGGAAGCAUCCCACCACCAGCAUCAUGGACCCAUCCUCAGAUCCCCUGCUCAGUGCCACCUCAGCCUCGUUCAGACCAGACGGACCACCAGGACCACAACCCUCUGAGGAACCUCUAGUGGAUCUGUCUGAGGUUCUCAACACGGAUGCAGACCUCCUGAGGAUGCUGGGGAAACAGACCGGUGAUUCUGGUCUUGAUUUUUGCCCUUUCCAGGUCGACUCCUCACCUCCUCCUUUUGCUGGUCUGGACAUUGGGCCCUUGACAGACCGCUCCCCAGUGCGUGCCCAUUCUCAGUCCGGCCGCCGGACUCCCCGUACGCUCCCAGAUGAACAUCUGGACGGGAUCUUCAGCCCAGAGCUGGAGAUGGCUGAUGAAUCGAUUCUCAGCAAACUAUACAAAAUACCAGAGCUGGAAGGGAAGGACGUGGAGGACCUCUUCACUGCCGUCCUGAGCCCCAGCACCAGCCAUGCACCACAGAUGCCUCAACCCCACGGCUCACCUGGGGAACCAGGAACCAGCCUGGUACACCCUCACGCAGGGAAUGCCAUGUUUCCACGGAUGCCAAUGAUGAACGGGCUGAUGGGACCUAACCAACGAUUCCCUCUGAAUCCGUCCAAUCCCGGAGCAGGACCCUGUAUCCCAGACAAUUUCUCUCCCCUCCACCGCAUGCCUUUUACUGACAAUCCAAGGGACAGGAAGUUUAAUCAGAUGGCCAGAGAGGCAGUGGGUCCGUGGCAGGGGGCUCCUGGUCUUGUUCAUGGUGGCCCAGGCCUCACCCCUCCUCCUGGGCCCGGGCCUGAGGGAGGUGAGGCGGAGGCCAUGUCCAACGCCCAGAGGAGCACACUGAAGUGGGAGAAGGAGGAGACGCUGGGGGAGCUAGCAACUGUAGCCCCUGUCCUUUACACCAACGUCAACUUCCCCAGCCUUAAGGAUGAGUUCCCAGACUGGUCUACAAGAGUCAAACAGAUUGCAAAGCUAUGGAGGAAAGCAAGUUCUCAAGACAGGGCCCCAUAUGUGCAAAAGGCAAGGGACAACCGGGCUGCUCUGCGCAUCAACAAGGUCCAGAUGUCCAACGAGAGUCUGAAGAGGCAGCAGUCGCAGCAGAUUCCCCUGUCCCAGCAGCCUCCCGUCUCACUGCAACUCCCCGACGAGGUGUUUGACCCCAACAUACCUCUAGACACAGACUUGCUCUUUAAGGACCCUUUGAAACCCAAAGAGUCAGAGCAUGAGCAAGAGUGGAAGUUUAGACAGCAAAUGAGACAGAAAAGCAGGCAGCAAGCCAAGAUCGAAGCCACCCAGAAGCUGGAGCAGGUGAAGAACGAGCAGCUGCAGCAGCAGCAACAGCAGUCAGGCAGCCAGUCGGAGGGAGACGGUAACAACAGCGGCAACCAGAGUCCUUCCUCCCAGCACGGCAGCAACGGCAGCAUGUCCCCCAUGCAGCACAGCACCGGAGGUAAAGAGGGCUUCCUCCGACCUCAACUGCCAGGGACGCCCACCUCAGGGCCCCCCGAAGAUGUGUUUCUGCGGCCCCCUCCUCCCCCUCCCUCAGGGGGUUCCUCUCAGCCCCAGUCCCCCCAGGUGUUCUCCCCUGGCUCCUCUGGCUCCAGACCCUCCUCUCCCUGUGACCCUUACGCCAAGAUGGUGGGCACCCCCAGGCCUCCAACUCUAGGACCCGGCGCAAGUCGCAGAAUGUCCAUGGAGUCUGGCAAGUCUCCCACCACUCUGAUGGAUCAGCAGGACAGAGGGAGGCUCACAUCUCCCGCUCAUGAAGCUUUUGGUUCGCCCACGUCCAUGAGUAGGGAGAUGGAUCCCUAUGCCAAGCCCCCUGACACCCCCAGGCCUGUUUCUGCGGACAUGGACCCCUUCCUAAAGCCUAUGGGCCCACCCAGAGUCAACCAGGGUCCUCAGGGGAGGCCCCCGAUGGGCUCUCCAGUGCGGGGAGACCCUUACUCCAGACCCAUGAUCCGCCAAGAGGCCUACCAACGGAUGGCUCAAAACAGGAUGAUCCUGUCAGACCCUUACUCCAGACCUCUGUUAGCUCCCAUCCCAGGAAGCAACGAGCAGGGCUCAGUUCCUCAGUCUCUAUUCAAGACCCCCAUGCCUCCACCCCAGGCCCAGGACCCCUUCAACAGACCAAUGGGACACCUGUCAGACAGAAUCUCUCAGCAGGGAGACCCCUACUCUCAGGCCUCUCUUACUCCACGACCCCAUGACAAUUUCACCAGUCCACCCAGGAUGGCCCAGCACCAUCCCCAGGGCCACCCCUUCCCUCAGCCCAACCCAAUAGCACAGUUACCUAACCGAAACCCUUACGCUCAUGCUCCCUCUACCCCAAGGCCCGACCACUUCACAUAUGACCCCUUCGCCCAGCCCCCUGGAAACCCAAGACCCUCUUCAGACCCCUAUGUUCAGAUGUCAGGUAUCACUCGACCCAUGAAUGACCCCAGUUGCCAACUUCCUGGAAACAGACCGUUCUUUGAGUCCAGCUACGCUCGACCUCCAGGAACCCCUCGCCCACACGACAACUACGGUCAGUCCUCGGACCCUUACUCCCAGCAGCCCAACACUCCUCGCUCUGGCCCUGGCAUGAACCAGUUCCCUCACCCACACCCCCAAGCACCUGGUCAGAGGAUGUCCCCCGGGCACUCCAUGGACCCCUACGCCCAGCAACCUGGUACCCCUCGGCCCCCCAUGGGAGAGAGAUUCUCCAAGUCCCCAGGCAGCCAGAGGCUAGCCCCCAUGGAUCCCUAUGCUAGCCAACCUGGAACCCCCAGGCCUAUGAGUGGUGACAUGUUCUCUCAGACCACCAGGCCGAUGCUGAGUGACCCGUACGCCCAGGCUCCAGGAACCCCCCGGCCAGGGAUGGGGCCUGACGGGCUGGGCAGACUGCAGGUGCAGAGGCCUGGUCCCUUGGGGAACCAGCAGGACCAUUUCUCCACUCAAGGCGUUAGGCCCCAAGACACUCCCUUCCCGCACCCUGGGUCACAGACACCAACGCAUCACGGUGGGAUGGCCGAUGAUGGAUUCUCUCCGUCACCGUCCAGACGUCCCAACCAGACGCCUGUCCAUGAUCCUUAUGAGCAGGCACCCACCCCCCCGUGUCCACAGCCAGCAGAAAGACUGGAGAUGAAGGAGCAGCAAGGCCAGGACCCUGGAGGACAGCUGCAAAGACCCUCCCAGAUGCCUGGAACUUCUGAGGUUCAGAGUGUCUCCCUGGCCGACAGUGAGGAGAGACUCAGACAGCGUCAACGCAUCCGAGAGCUGAUCCUGAAGCAGCAGCAGCAGAGGAGUGCCAUCCGCCAGGAGAACGCUGGUAACAUGGCCCCUAGCACCUCUCGACCCUGGCCCCACGAGGGCCACGGACAGCAGUGCGAGAUAUUCAGUCGGCCCCCUCCACCCUACCCUGGGCCAGGGCCCAUGAGGUUCCCUGGACCCUUCCCAGGGGACCAGCGUGGCCCUUUCCCUAAUGAGGGCCAGUUCCCCAGAGGACAACAUCCUGGGGAUCCUAAUAUCAGACAUCAGGGGCCAAGGUUUGCAUUUCCACCUGCUGGGCCAGGACCUCACGGAGGACAGGAGUUCUUCCUCAGAGGCCCCCACCCCAUGCAGGACAUCCACCCGGGGAUGAGACGCUCUAUGUCCGUGGACAUGGCCAAGUCCGUGGGGGGCAACCCCAACCCUAUGGGGCUGCCACAACAUUUCCCUCCUCGCGGCUUGCCAAUGCAGCAGCACAACAUCAUGGGUCAGCCUUUCAUCGAGCUGAGACACAGAGCUCCUGACAGCAGACUUCGCCUCCCCUUCGGUCCCAACGCCAUGGAUCAAUGUCCCAACAUGGAUCCCAACCUCCAGCCCCAAAGGCCUCCUGGUUUCAUGGGAGGGCCUGAGUUCAGGUUCCCUCCAGGUAUGAACCAAGAUGGCCCCAGGAUGAUGAUGGGUUCCAUGGGGAACCAGCAGGUUGGCCAGAGCCAGCUGUCCUCUAGCAUGGAGAACCUCCACCAGCAGCAGCAGGCUCAGAUGCAAGGGGGCACCAUGCACAGGCAAGCCCAGCUGAUGAGGUCCAUGAGCCAGCCAGCUUCGAACGAGACCCAGAGUAUGUCAGCUCCUUCCAUGAUGACGCCAGGGCCAUCUGUUGGACACACUGAUGAUCAGGGAGUCUCCAUGGCUAACAACCACGAUGGAGUGGAGGAGAAACUGGACACCGUCGAAUCGGCUGUCAAAGACCUGGAAGACGUGGAGGUGAAGGACCUGGUCGAUGCCGAUCUGGACAACCUAAACCUGGAUCCGGAAGAAGAAGACGGCAAAGACUUGGACCUGGAGACCAACGAUUUGCACCUGGACGACUUCCUGACAUCAGGGAAGUUCGACAUCAUUGCAUACACCGACCCUGACCUGAACGAUAUCAAGAAGGACAUGUUCAACGAGGAGUUGGAGCUUAGUGACCACAUGGAAGACCACAGUGAUGCCUCGGACUUCCAGAAGGCUUUGUCUGAGAAGAGGAACUUCAACUCUAGCUGUGGUGGUGCUGCAUCUUCCUUCUCUAAUUUAACAUCUGGAAUGGGGAAGUCAGAGGGAACGGCCGAGAAGUAUUCCUCGUCAGCUGACGUCAAACAGGAAGUGAGUUGUAGACAAAGCGCCGCCUCCUCCCUGCCUUCGAAGCAGAAGAUCAAAAUGGUAGACGGAGACAACCUGUCCCAGGCGUCCAAUGACAGGACGGACCAGCAAGCAGACGGAAACCCUAACAACCAAUCAGGAGUGCUCUCUGACUCCACCCCAGUCCUCUCUAGCUUACUAAUCAAGCAGCAGCCAGAGGACUCCUCCCCUGACAAUCAAGGCAGUGGUAACUCUAUGGCACAAUCAAACCAAGAUGCUCAGAACAACUCCCAAACCAUGGAUCCCACUACCAGGGGAGAAGGAAAAGGAGAAACAUCCAUUUCUACCUUUGAGAUAGACCAGAGUGGGUUGACCCUGGCUCAGCAGGCCCUGUUGGUCCAGACGUUGGGCCAGGUGGGGCCAGGGGGGCACAGGCCCCUGCUGCUGGAGGAGCAGCCCCUCCUCCUACAGGACCUGCUGGACCAGGAGAGGCAGGAGCAGCAGCAGCAGAGGCAGAUGCAGGCCAUGAUCCGACAACGCUCUUCCAGUGACUCCUUCUUCCCCAACAUCGAUUUUGACGCAAUCACUGACCCUAUUAUGAAAGCAAAGAUGGUCGCUCUGAAAGGCAUCAACAAAGUCAUGGUUCAAAACAACAUGGGAAUGACACCGAUGGUCAUGAACAGGUUUCCACCUGGUGCUGCAGCACCGUGUCCUGAAAGUGCCUCUGCUCCUCCACAGGCCGUUGGACAGGAUGGCAAGCUGACACCCGCGGUGGCAAGGCCCAACCCUCCGAAUUUUGGAUCAGAUUUUGUCAAUAAUGCUCAGAAGGCUCAGUACGAGGAGUGGCUCCAGGAGACCCAGCAGCUGCUCCAGAUGCAGCAGAAGUUUCUGGAGGAGAAGAUCGGAGCCCACAGGAAGGCCAAGAAGGCCCUGUGUGCCAAGCAGCGCACAGCCAAGAAGGCUGGGAGGGAGUUUGCUGAGGAGGACGCAGAGCAACUCAAACAUGUCACAGAGCAGCAGAGUGUCGUCCAGAAACAGCUGGAGCAGAUCCGGAAGCAGCAGAAAGAGCACGCCGAACUGAUCGAGGAGUAUCAAGUGAAGCAGCAGCAGGGUGGCAGUGGCAUGCCUCCCACUGUGAUGCCAGUGACUGUGCCAGGGAUGCCACCAAUGCUGGGUGUCCCUGGUGGCAAGGUACCAAGCGGGCCUCCGAUGAACCAACAGCCACCUAUGAACCCCAUGAUGCAUCAGGUGCCACUACAUCCAGGCCAGCCGAACGCCCCUCCACAACACAUGCCGAUAACCAACCAACCAGGCUGGCAUCCUGGAGCUCCCAUGCCCAUGGGUGGCCCCAAUAUACCCUCUCAGAUUCCCAUGGGAAACACAGCUCAGCAGCCCUCCCAGAUGCCCCAACAGAUCCCCAUAGAAAACCAACCUCCGACUCAACCCAGUGGGGUCACAACCCCACAGGGCUCUGGUCUGAAGUUUGACGACAACAACCCGUUCAGCGAGGGCUUCCAGGAGAGAGAGCGGAGGGAGAGGCUGAGAGAGCAGCAGGAGAGGCAGAGGGUCCAGCUGAUGCAGGAGGUAGAGCGCCAACGGGCACUGAAACAACGCAUGGAGAUGGAACAGCAAGGCUUGCUGGGGUCCGACGGGGGGAACAUGGCGCCCAUCUCUCAGAUGCCAUUCUUCAAUGCCGAGCUGCCCCAGGACUUCAUGCAGCCGCAGAGACCACAACUACCACAACAGCAGCAGCAGUUGGGACCAAUGUUUCCCCAGCAGCAGUCCAUGCAGUCAGGGAUGGGCUCUCCUCCUGCGGUCUACAUGCAAGGCGGUGACCGGAGGGCCAUGAUGAGUAACGGUAUGCUUCCUCAGGACAUGGGGCCUGGAGGUUUUGGGCCUGAUACCAUGGGUCUACAGGGAGCUAACUUCUCCCAGGGUCCACUCAGACCCAGGAGGUUCAGCGGGCCAGGCAUGAUGCCUCAGAUGCCUGGAGAAGGCCCCCCGUUUUGCGGAGACUCCUCCACCACACCCCUGCCUUCCAACUUCCCCGGCUCGGGUCAGUCUCUGAUCCAGCUCUACUCCAACAUCAUCCCGGAAGAGAAGGGGAAGAAGAAGAGGAACAGGAAGAAGAAGAAAGACAACGAUGACGCAGAUUCCAUUAAAACCCCGUCCACGCCGCACUCUGACCUCACAGCGCCUCUGACACCCUGCCGGUCGGACACAUCCUCCACACCCACCAGGAACAACGCCCACCUCUUCGGGGACCAGGACCUCUCCAGGUCCCCCUUACUGGGCUCCUCCACCUCUACCCACAGCCACUCUGAGCUGGAAAGGCAGCUCUCUGGAGGAGGCCUGGGGGUGGGUGGUGGGCAGCCUGGAGGAAUGAGCAGCAUCCCAUCAGACGUCGCCAGGGCCCAGGCUCUGGAGCAGGAGCGCAUCCUCAGCAACAUCAAGCUGGAGCAGACUGAGAGCACCGAGUGUGCCUCAUCCGACAUGUGCUCAGGGAUGGGCAUAGUAAAGGAGGAGGGUGGACCUGCAGCACAGAGCCCCUUGCACGGCGGGGGAGCCAAGGGGGAGUCUGGGGGUAAUAACGAACUCCUCAAACACCUGUUGAAGAACAAGCAGACACCUCUUAAUGGACCAGGGCUUCCCCACCAACGGUCAGACGAGAGCCUGAGAUCUGAGGAGGAGGAGGUGGCUACGGACUGCAAGGCCCUGCUGCUGAGGCAGAGCUCCAUGGACAGCAAUGGGGCGUAUUCAGACGGACAGAUGUCUGGCCUGCCAGAGUUCCCAGGACCGCUGCUAGCAGGACAGGAGAAAAAGAAAGGCAGGAACAAGAGGACCCCCAAGGGAGGGGAGAGGCCUGCCUCUCGCUACAGGAAGAGGAAGAAAGAGGGGGAGGAGAAGCAACUGGUGCACUGUAGCACAGAUGCACUAAUGACCCAGCUAAAACAGCAGCUGUCCCUUCUGCCCCUCAUAGAGCCCCUGAUAGGUGUCAACUUUGCCCACUUCGCCCCCUAUGGCAGUGGCCAGCUCAACGGGGAGAACCAUCUGUCUGGGACCUUCGGCAGCGCCGCUCUGGACGGAGUCUCGGACUACUAUUCCCAGCUAGCCUACAAGCAGAACAAUCUGAGCAACCCCCCCACCCCGCCUGCUUCCCUUCCUCCGACUCCUCCACCUGUGAACCGACAGAAGAUGAUCAAUGGCUUUGCCACUACAGAAGAACUGGCCAGCAAAGCUGCUGCUAUGGUGUCUAAAGGUCUGGUACCCAAGCCGCUCCAUGUCCCAUUCAGGACUGAGGAGGACCUGCUGGCCCGGGCCAUCGCUCAGGGACCUAAAACUGUGGAUGUGCCUGCCUCCCUCCCCACGCCCCCUCACAACAACCAGGAGGAACUCAGCAACAGGGUGGGGCAAGAGCAUUGUAAGGAUCGGGACACACCAGACAAUUUCGUCCCGUCCUCGUCUCCUGAAAGUGUGGUUGGCAUGGAGAUCAGUCGCUACCCAAACUUGUCAUUGGUGAAGCAGGAGCCUCGGUCCCCCUGUCUCUCCCCCGUCCUCCCCAUGCUCCCAGCACCCUGGGGGAAAGUGUUAGCGGUUAGGCUGAAGACUGAGCUCAAGACGGAGCCUUCUGGGAUGUUCUUCGGCUCCCAUUUUGGCCCAGCAUCUAACGACGCUAAGCCAGGCCUGGUGUCUGUAGCCAUCACCCUGAGACCAGCUGCCGCAGAGAAUGUCACUGGUGUGGUAGCAGCCAUCUCAGAUCUGCUGUGUGUGAAGAUCCCCAGCAGCUAUGAGGUCAGCAGCCCCCCUGGCCCAGAUAGGGGUCCCCUGGCCAUGCUCAGCGGCCUCCGGGGGGGCCCCCAGGGAGAUCUUGAGCACCGGCGGCCGGGCGCCCCAAUGAUAUACCCGGGCCGUGGUGGUGCUGGGGACAUGGGGGGCCCGCACCCUCAAGGAGCCCCAGGCCAGCUCAUUAGGUCCCGAGGAGGUGGAGGACCACAGCAGUGGAUGAUGAUGCAACAGCAGCAGGGACAUCCGCAGCAGCACAUCCGCUUCCAUUCUGACGGACCAGGUCCAGCUGCAGUCAGAGGCGCCCAUCAGAAAGCCCCCGGCAGCCCAGGCUCCAAGCCCCAAUGGUGCUGCCAUUGCAAGGUGGUGGUGCUGGGAAAUGGAGUCUGCAAGUCAAUCAAAGACCUUCCAGUGCACAAACAGGAACAGGAAGGUCUGUUGCGUUCCGAGGGGAACUUGGUAUUCUGCAGCCACAGCUGCUUCCUCCUCUACUCUGCCUCCACCUCCUCCUCUUCCUCCUCACAGGCCAGAAAUACUACAGAUACUAAGGACUCGGUGGCCCUCCUGUCUCCAGACUCAGACCAGAAAGAGAGCCUGUCUAAAGCCCACCACAAGUACAGCAACAACAUGUCCUCUCUGGAUGUCCACUGUCUGGCCCAGCUCCAGCCCAAGCAGUCUCCUCCCUCUACCCCACCCAUUCCCUUCCCCCCAGCCAGUGACACCCCUAAGACCCCUAAGACAGAUGUCAAGUCAGACACCAUCAAAGUGACUGUGAAACUGAAGGCGCGGGGCCCCAGGGCUCACCAGGAGGGCUGGCACCAGGGGAAGAGACACAAGGGUCUCCGCUGGAGGAAGUGGACAGUGCAGGUGGUGGUGCCUAGAGGAAGCUCCCAGCUCCCUGACGAGAACCAGAUAGACGAGCUGUUGAGGAAGCUGGGAGCGUCUCUCCGCCCCGGGGCCAGUCUCAGGGACCAGCGCCGCUGCUGCUUCUGUCACCAACUAGGGGACGGGGUCACCGAUGGCCCUGCCCGUCUCCUCAACCUGGACCUGGACGCGUGGGUGCACCUCAACUGUGCCCUGUGGUCCACAGAGGUGUACGAGACGCAGGCAGGCGCCCUGAUCAACGUGGAGCUUGCGCUGCGACGGGGUUCAGCGGUCCGCUGUGCAUACUGCCAACAGAUGGGCGCCACCAGCGGCUGCCACCGCCUGCGCUGCACCAACAUCUACCACUUCACCUGCGCCCUGCAGGCACACUGUACCUUCUUCAAGGACAAGACCAUGCUGUGCCAUGCCCACAGGCCCAGAGGCUCUGGCUCCGCCCAUGGUGGCUCUGGCCUCGUCCUGGAGCACGAGCUGCGCUGCUUCGCGGUGUUCCGCCGCGUCUACGUCCAGAGGGACGAGGUGAGGCAGAUGGCCAGCGCCGUGCAGCAGCCCGAGCUGGGCUACACCUUCAGAGUGGGCAGCUUGGUGCUCCACGCCGUGGGUCAGCUCACCCCGUCCCAGAUGGCCGCCUUCCACUCGACCUCCGCUAUCUUCCCCGUGGGCUACGAGGCCUGCCGCAUCUACUGGAGCAUGCGCCAUGGCAACCGCCGCUGCCGCUACCUGUGCUCUGUGGAGGAGAGGGAGGAGCAGCCGGAGUUCCGCGUCCGCGUCAUCGAGCAGGGAUACAAGGACCUGGUCCUCACUGACUCCACUGCCAAAGGAGUGUGGGAUAAGGUCCUGGGACCCGUUGCUGACAAGAGGACUGAAAUAGGAACUCUGAAACUCUUCCCUGUCUAUCUGAAGGGAGAGGACCUGUUUGGACUCACCGUCUCUGCAGUCACCAAGAUCACUGAAUCGCUCCCAGGGGUGGAGGCCUGUGACAGGUACACCUUCCGUUACGGACGUAACCCUCUGAUGGAGCUGCCCCUGAUCUUCAACCCUUCUGGCAGCGCCCGCGCCAUGCCCAAAACCAGCUCCCCAUUCACUGCCGUUGUCAUAAGGCCCCAGCCAGUGUCCAGAAACACCAGUACCACCUCCAGGUGUCAGAACACAGCCCAGGGGGAGGGAGGCGUCCCCUACACCAAGCCCCCCACUGUGCACCACAGGUCCUCUCAGUACCGCUGGAUGAAGAGUGAGUGGAGAGCCAACGUCUAUCUCGCUGCUUCCAAGAUCCAGGGCCUGGGUCUGUAUGCUGCCAGGGACAUAGAGAAGAACACCAUGGUGAUUGAAUACAAUGGAACCGUCCUCCGCAACGAGGUGGCCAUCAAGAAGCAAAGGACUUACAAAUCUCAGAAUCGUGGAGUGUUCAUGUUCCGCAUCGACAGUGAACGUGUUGUUGAUGCCAGUCAGACAGGAGGUCUGGCAAGGUACAUCAAUCACUCUUGUGCCCCGAACUGUGUCGCUGAGGUGGUAACCUUUGAAAGAGGUUAUAAAAUCAUCGUCACCUCCAACCGCAGAAUCGAGAAAGGAGAGGAGCUGUGUUUUGACUACCAGUUUGACUGUGUAGACGGCCAACACAAGAUCGCCUGUCACUGUGGAACAGCGGACUGCAGGAAAAGGAUCAACUGAAAAAGAAAACAAAAAUGACAACAAAUGCAUUCCUUUCCAUAUUAUGCAGAUGCCCUGAUCUCUGUGUAGAGAGAGGUGCUUCAGGCUGUCCUUUCUUAGAACGAGUGGAAGACCUGAGUUAAAACCCUGAGAGCGAUGGAUGGAUGGAGACCCAUGUUUGGAAACAGACUGAAGAUGGACAGGAGAGGACUUAGAAAGAGGUGAGCAGGAAGAAGCAACAGCAGAUAGACGUGUGAUUUGUGCCAUAUUACAUGAGGCUGGGUUUUAUUGCAAGGCCUCUGUCAACGAGUGGAUGCGUCUGUGUAUUAGUGAGAUGAUAUACAAUAGGGUGCAGAAGAGAAUCCACCAGCGAAUGAGAAGAGAGCACUGUGUGGGUCACGGACCUUAUUGGUUGUUAAGGGCAGGCCCUUUUGUUUAAAACUUUAAAUGUAAAACUGUUUGACUAAAUGUAGAAUUCACUGAAUGGGGAAUGUACAGCAAUGACUACAGCGAAGGGAAUAUUAACUUGCACUAAAAAAAAAAGAGACACGUACACACAACUUUAAGAUACUUGAUUCCAUGAGUCAGUUUUAUCAUAGGUUUCUGUCAUGUGAUUUGAGUGAAAUUCGAGAGGACGUUUUGUAUUUAUUAUUGAGUGAAUGAAUUUUAUUGUCAAAAUGACGAGACAGUAAAACGAAGGCUAAACUGAUAGUUUUCUGAAGAUUGAAGAAAUGCUCUUACUUUUGUACAAAUGUAUAUAAAGAAAAAUAUAGGAAUAACUGACCAAAUACUACCUUAACCUUCUGGAUGUUUGGGUGUUUUUUUUUUUUUGUCAUUGCAAUUUAUUUAAGAAGGAUGUCAUGAUAUCAGUUUGAGAGUAUAUAUUAUGAUUAUUCUGUACAGAAUCUGUAAAAUAACCACAAUAAUUCAAAGUAUUUUUGGGUUUAUUAAAAGUAUGGUAUUGUAGUGUAGUGUUUUUGUGAUUUACACAUACUUUGACCACUCAAAAAUAAAUAUUUUUGGUGACUAACGAGUGUAGAAAAGAGUCAUUGGUUACAGAAUUUCAAAAUGGGAAAGACAUCAUUCUGACAUCUUUGCUGUUAAUCAGGUUUGAUUUUAUAGAACUGUGAAUAAGGUUUUUAAACCACCCAAACACAAUUUUAACUUCUUUUUAACCCAAAUAGGCAUAGGAAUACCACCUUGUUUUUGUGUUGUUUUUUUACAUAGAAAUGGUGUACAGACGUCCAAUAACAUUGCUUACUGCUUCAGGCGAUUUGAAAUUAAGGUGUACUGGAAAAAAAUAAUCAUGUUUCUUGCAGAGGAAAAUGUUGGGACAUUUGGUGGUGCUAUAUUUUGAAAAGAGAAAUGUAUCUGAUAUGGACACUUCACAAGCCACUUACAAUAGUUAGAAAAUGCAAGAUGUUUUGCGUGCACAAUUUCAAGUCGACUGUAAAAUUUUGGAGACAGUCUUAGAACUUGUAAUGUAUAUGGCAUGUAUUUUUUUAACUUUCCGAAGACUCAAUUGUAUAUAUUUUCUCAAUGAAUGGUUGUAACAAAAUGAUUUCUUGGAUAUUUUUCUUCUCUUGUAUAAAAUGACAUCAUCCUGCCAGUGUGUUUGUGCUACAUUUUUCUUGGUCCUGUAAAGUAGUCAUGUUUUUUGAAAACAGCCUUUUGGAGUGUACAGAGUAAUGAGAUUUGGAGUUUGUGUAAUUGAUUUUAGAAGCAUUUACAAAAUAAACUAUUUUACAUCUUAA